UGUCGCAACACAAUAUAGGGAUAUGGAGUUCUAUUGUGGAUCAUACCUUGUUUCGUCGAGCUGUUCUUGAUUGGAUUCGCGUUUUGUAGAUGGAGGGACUAAAGCAAGGCCUUUUUUCGCUUUCGAAAGAUAAAGAGCCGACUUCUUCCAUCAGUUCUUCCAAAAGAGAUUUCGCCGGCCCAACUUCCUCCGCCGACCAGUCUGGCGUUUUGAUCACCAGAGCUCCCAGGCAAGUAGUUUCACUGUGGACAUGUACAAAACUUUGUGCCUUUGGCUUUGCUGUUGGUGUUAUUGUUGGUUUCACACUGAAGCAACGUCUUAGACGAUGGGCUGCUAAAAUUCUCAAGCGACUGAAGGAUGAUUGAAGGCGCUAAUUGGUUACUUUCAUUAUGUUGUUAUUGUCCUCUUCAUCAAAAAACUCAUUCGUUGCUUGUUGGAUAGGCUGUUGGUUUAGAAUUUACUUUUUCAGUUACACAAAUUACCUAGAAGAAACCUCUUUGUGUGGGAUCUGCUUCUGGUGAGAUAUAUGAUAUAUCAAGCCAUUACUUAUGGUUUUUGAAA